UUGAAGAAGGCAAUAUUAGAAAAGUAUUCUCAAUAGUUGGUAGUAUCGUAAGUUAUUCGUUUUGUCGAUUUUGACAAUUCAGUUUUCUCUUAUGUUUAUUGAACUUUGUACGUGGAAAGUAUUUCAAAUAAUUCUAUAUUUUAAAGAAAGGCAUACAUGAAUUAUCAGAUUCGAUCCUAAUGUUAUCUAAAGACUAUUUACACUAAUCAAGAUCAUUAGAAUGGGUUUAAUAUCUGAGCCGUUGUUGUUCGUAUUAGCUUUAAUCGAUACCGGUUCAGUACUUUUUCUUUUGGUGUAUUUUGUUAUAACCUUAUCAGAUUUAGAAUGUGAUUAUUUGAAUGCUCAACAGUGUUGUUCAAAAUUAAAUACGUGGGUAGUACCAAAGCUUAUAGCACAUUUAUUCUUAGAAUGUUUAUUAUUAACACAUGGACAAUUAAUAUUGUUUUUGGUAAAUUUACCUAUGACAUUAUGGUUAGUCUAUGAAUACUCUGGAGUGCCCAGUGGUAAUAUGGGAGUUUAUGAUCCUACAGAAAUCCAUAACCGUGGACAAUUAAAAAGGCAUACAAGAGAUUGUAUGAUUUAUCUUGGAUAUUAUCUAAUUUUCUUUUUUAUUUAUCUUUAUUGUAUGAUCAUUGCAUUAUUAAAAGGAGAUCCUAUCAAUAGAAAUGAGGAUGGAUUAUUACAUGUAAAUUGAUAGUAGUGAUAAAAUUUAAACAUUUAUACAUCUUUAUCUUUUAUUACAAUCAUAUUCGAUUACUUAUUUAUUUUUAUGUUGUAAACACCAAAUGAUUUUUGUUAACAUAUAUAAAAAUAUUCUGUAUUUCAUUAUUAUUUAAUCUUAACUUGUAUUGCAUCAUUAAUAAUUAAGAUUUUUAAAAUAUAAGACUUCCAUAAAAUUGAAGAGAUUUUAA